UGAUAGUAUUAUAUACAAAAAUCUAUAUCUAUAUAUUUUCUCUCCAAAAAACUUCAAUUUUAUUUUCAGAUCUCAACAACCAUGUCUUGCUACAGAGGAAAGUAUGCUGAUGAACUAAUUGCCAAUGCUGCUUACAUUGGUACCCCUGGUAAGGGUAUUCUCGCUGCUGAUGAGUCGACUGGCACAAUUGGAAAACGUCUAUCCAGCAUUAACGUUGAGAAUGUCGAGUCAAACAGGAGGGCACUCCGUGAGCUUCUUUUCUGCACUCCUGGUGCCCUUCAGUACCUUAGCGGAGUUAUCCUUUUUGAGGAAACUCUAUACCAGAAGACUGCUGCAGGUAAGCCGUUUGUUGAUGUCAUGAAGGAAGCUGGAGUCCUUCCCGGUAUCAAGGUUGAUAAGGGUACCGUUGAGCUUGCUGGAACCAAUGGUGAGACCACUACCCAGGGUCUUGAUGGUCUAGCCCAGCGAUGUGCUCAGUACUAUACUGCUGGUGCUCGGUUUGCCAAGUGGCGUGCAGUCCUAAAGAUUGGUCCUAACGAGCCAUCCCAGCUUGCAAUCAAUGAGAAUGCUAACGGGUUGGCCCGUUAUGCCAUCAUCUGCCAGGAGAAUGGUUUGGUCCCAAUUGUUGAACCUGAGAUCCUUGUUGAUGGACCCCAUGACAUCAACAAGUGUGCUGAUGUGACUGAGCGUGUUCUAGCUGCAUGCUACAAAGCUCUGAACGAUCACCAUGUGCUUCUUGAGGGUACCCUUUUGAAACCCAACAUGGUCACACCUGGGUCUGAUGCCAAGAAGGUUGCACCAGAAGUAGUAGCCGAGUACACAGUCAAGGCUCUGCAACGAACCAUGCCACCAGCUGUCCCAGCUGUUGUUUUCUUGUCUGGUGGUCAGAGUGAAGAGGAGGCUACUGUUAACCUCAAUGCCAUGAACCAAUACAAGGGGAAGAAGCCAUGGAGCCUGUCUUUCUCUUUUGGACGUGCCCUACAACAAAGUACCCUCAAGGCUUGGGCUGGAAAGGAAGAGAACGUUAAGAAGGCUCAGGAUGCGUUUCUUACCAGGUGCAAGGCCAACUCUGAGGCUACUCUCGGAAAGUAUCAGGGAGGUUCAGGUUUGAGCGAAGGUGCAUCUGAAAGCCUCCACGUCAAGGACUACAAAUACUAAGCUGCUGCCGGUUGGUCUAUUUGCUUACGGUUACUAUUUUUUGUGUUUUUAAAUGACAGUUUUGUCUGAUUGAGGUGGUUUUGGACCUAUUUCUAUGCUGCGUUUUAUUUUAAAACUGACUGAUCCAAGUAGGAUAUGGUUACAAUAAAUAUGAUAAAAACAUCGGCGGCUUUAAGGUUUGAUUUAUAUUAUGAAUAUGAAUGGUUUAGUUUUCCAUA